AUGCUUCCUGCUACUGUCCUUGCCCUCUGCGCCCUUGCCGUCGCCGCACCCCUGCCGAGCCCUCAGGCUGCCCGCCCGUUGAUUGACAUCAACGCCAGCAACAACAAGCUGGACUUCCCCAUCAACGUCCUCGGCCUGCAGACCCACGACGUCUCUGCCGCCAACGGCAAUCUCUCCCCGAGCCAGGCCAACUCCCCGAACCAGGCCAACUCCCCGAACCAGGCCAACUCCCCGAACCAGGCCAACUCCCCGAACCAGGCCAACGCGCCAGCGGCGGCGUCCCCGGCCCCGGCCCCGGCUACGGACUCCCAGGACGCCAAGGGCAACAACGUCAACGGCAACACGCUCAACUUCCCGGUCAACGUGCUCGGCGCCCAGACACACGACAUCUCGGUCUUCAACGGCAACCUGUCCCCCAACCGGGCUCCGGCCCAAGCUGCAGCCCCGGCCCAAGCCCCGGCCCCAGCCGCAGCCCCGGCCCAAGCUCCGGCCCAGGCCCAAGCCCAGGCCCCUGCCCCGGUGGCGCACACCACCACCGUGACCGAGGCCGUUUCGAGCAACGGAAAUGGAAACGGAAGCUAUGUCGUGCCCGUGGCUGUCAACGCGGCUCCGGCCCCCGCUGCCCCCGCCGCCCCAAACGCGCUCAUGGGGGCUGUGGCCGGCAUCACCUCCGCAUUGUACAACUUGGCUGGCGCCAUCACCGGCGCCACAGGCGGCAGGGCCUAG